CUUGAAAAUGGCAAAGAACAAAAUUAUGAAGAAGCAUAAGAAGAUAGGUCAUAAGCAUAAGAAGAAAGGAAGGCCUGCUAAAUUUGCUAAACCCAUAAGUAAGAGAGUGACAAGAUCUUCUACUGUAACAAAAACAGAAGAGAAGAAGAGUCCAAAGAGUAGUAAAUCUGAUGAAUCUGAUAAGAAAGACAAAACUGUUGCACCAUCAAAGGAAAUUACUCCUGCUUUAGAAGAGACUGAUUACAAAAAGAUUCAAGAUAUUCACAUCCAGUCCCUCGAAAGAGAAAAGAAGUAUAUACAGAAUAAGAAAUUGCGGGAACAGAACAAAGAAAGUGAGCCUAAUGAAGAUGACCAGAAGUAUAAAUCUAGACUGAGGGGUUCUGACACAAGAGGAACUCCUCAGUAUAACAUGGAUAUGGACUCAAUGAAGUUAGAGUCUCUCCUACGAGACUAUAAUACUCAACAGCAAAAGAAGCCAAAGAAGUUGGAUUAUAAGCCAUUCGACUUGCCUUACUACAAAGGUAUUCAGAUUCCUAAGCAUUUAAAAUGGCUGACAAUUUAUUCCCGUACAAACGAGAGUAUCUUAAUGCAGGAAAUUGAAGCUCUCGAGCUGGAAGUGCUUCGUCUCAAGGAAGCUAAGCUCAUUCACAAGGAAUUUAGACGCUACGCACAACUUCCCUUUGGAGUUAUGUCAAAACCAUGCAACUGCUGAAGAAAGUGGGAAAAGAAGAAGCACUGGUGAAACCACGGCUUCUGUGCUAAACCUUGCAGAAAACAAGAUGAUGGAAGAGAUACCAAAAGAGAGAAGGACAACAAUGAAGAGACCAUAUUAGUAGCCACGAAGGUGACUAAAGAAGCCAAAAUAUCUGCUGAUCCAAUCCAGAAUCAAUUUGGAAGUGAACCGAUGCUCAUUCCAGUAUAUCCAGAAGGAAUGCCUGAAGGAGGAGUCAAAAGACAGAGAGGAAGACCAAAGAAAGUUAAGUCUGAUGAGAAAGAAGACUUUGAAAUGGAAAAGGAACCACAACCAGAUGAUGCUCCUCAGAACGUUUCAAUGCAAGAACCUAUAAAAGAGCCUACUGAGGAAGUAAAUAAAGAAAUGACACCUGAAGAUCCAAAACCCCAAGAGGAAAAGGAAAAUGAAGAAAAGACACCUGAAGAACAGAAGCCUGAAGAACAGAAACCUGAGGAAAAGAAGCCUGAUGAAGAGAACCAACAAGAGAUUAAGGAAUAA